AUGACAUCCGCCGAGUCUGCUGCUGCGCAGCCGCGUCCUGCGUACCCUUCAGCAUCAAAUGGACCGCCGGGGACAAAUCCCAUGCCUCCCAACCAGCAGGCGGGCCACCCAUCCUUCCGCAGACAGCGAGCGUCGCGCGCAUGUGAAACAUGCCAUGCCAGAAAGGUCCGAUGCGACGCCGCAAGCUUAGGGGUGCCUUGCACCAACUGCGUCGCGUUCAGUAUAGAAUGCAAAAUUCCGACACCGAAGAGGAAGAAAACUGCUGCUGGCAAGGCGAAGGACUCAGACAGUGAUCGUGGCGAAGGCGUCGACGAACGUUCCCCUCGAAAUGAGUCGCCUGGUACAGGUCGAAGCACGAGCGUCUACAAUACUCAAGAUGGAACUCCUCCGACGUCUCUGACCGAGCAGCACUACAAGGUCCGGCAAGAUGACGAAGGGACGUAUGCACAAUUCAUGAAGCCAAAGUUCACUCGAGCUCCGAUCAAAGAAGCUGGCAGAGUGGCAUACCUAGGAGAAUCCUCGAACUUGACAUUGCUGGUUCAUGACCGACAUGGCACAGCAGAUGUGGUACAUUAUCCUCUGCCUGAAAAUGUCAGAGGAUCUAGAGCGAGGUUGACCGAGCUGGACAAUGUUGAGAUUGAUAUCCUACAUCAGCGAGGCGCCUUCUUGCUACCACCGAGGUCUCUUUGUGAUGAAUUGGUCGAGGCAUACUUCAAAUGGGUCGCUCCGAUUGUUCCAGUCAUCAAUCGGAAUCGAUUCAUGAAACAAUAUCGAGAUUCAAAGAAUCCUCCCUCGCUGCUCCUCUUACAAGCAAUUCUGCUUGCAGGAUCUCGAGUCUGCACUAACCCUCAACUCAUGGAUGCGAACGGAUCUACAACUCCUGCCGCGUUGACCUUCUAUAAACGUGCAAAGGCACUGUAUGAUGCAAACUAUGAGGAUGAUCGAGUCACCAUUGUCCAAGCUCUUGUGCUUAUGGGAUGGUAUUGGGAAGGUCCAGAAGACGUGACCAAGAACGUCUUUUAUUGGAGCAGAGUAGCCACAAUUGUUGCUCAGGGCUCAGGUAUGCAUCGAAGUGUCGAGGGAUCUCAGCUUAGUCAAGCCGACAAACGACUUUGGAAGAGAAUAUGGUGGACGCUCUUUACCCGCGAUCGAUCAGUAGCAGUAGCCUUAGGUCGUCCAGUACAUAUUAACACGGAUGACUCGGACGUCGAAAUGGUCUGCGAAGAGGAUUUUAUCGAGGACGACAGCGGAGACCCGCCCGAGUAUCCACCAGAUCCACUUCAUGUGCAGUUCUUCCUGCAGUAUGUGAAGCUGUGUGAGAUCAUGGGUCUUGUGCUCUCCCAGCAAUACUCCGUCGCAUCCAAAGCUCGCCGCCAGAAUGCCAUCGACCUUACCCAUAGUGAUAUGGCUCUCGCCGAUUGGCUGCAGAAUUGCCCGAAAGAGGUUUACUGGGAGAUGCCCAGACAUCAUUUUUGGUCUGCAUUACUGCAUUCGAACUAUUACACCACCCUCUGCUUGCUGCAUAGAGCUCAUAUGCCACCUGCCUCUAAUUCGAAAACUGGUUAUAUGGAAGAGGGGGUCUAUCCGUCUCGUAACAUCGCUUUUCAGGCUGCUGCUAUGAUCACGUCGAUUAUUGAGAACCUUGGAGCACAUGACGAGCUUCGCUAUUGUCCAGCUUUUGUUGUCUAUAGUUUGUUCUCGGCACUUAUCAUGCACGUCUACCAGAUGCGAUCUUCAGUUCCGUCUGUAGUCCAAGCAACACAAGAGAGAAUCCGGAUCUGUAUGGGAGCUUUGAAGGAUGUCUCCAGAGUUUGGCUGGUCGCAAAGAUGGUUUAUACUCUGUUCGAAUCUAUUCUUGGGAACAAAGUCCUUGAAGAGAGGCUUCAAAAAGCUGCUGGGAAGCGCCACAAAAAGAUGGCACAGAGCAUUACCCAAGGUAUCAACCAAGCUAAUCAAGUAAAGCGAGAGGAUUCGUCAGGAAAGCGAAAGUACGAUGACAUGGCUCUGGACUUCAAUGUCAACAACGGACCAGCUCCACAAGAGUCAUAUGAGCGAUCUCGACCUCAGACACCAAGCCACACCCCUGGACGUGAGAUGGGCCAUAACAUUGCCCCAAUGGCUGCUCCGCCAGUGACCUCUCCAAACUCAAGAGCAAACCAAGAUACCUUUAUGGGCGGCUCGAACUCUCGUCCACAUACCAGGCCUCCCACGCCAUUCAAUCCAUCCUUCUCUGUCCCAGCGACUCCGCCCGAUUUGUAUUUGGUAACUCGAAAUUCUCCAAACUUGUCACAGUCUAUCUGGGAAAAUUUCCAACCAGAUCAGCUAUUUCCUGAAGGUUCGACCAACAUACAUGCCACUCAAUUCUCGCCACCACAACCUAAUCACAACCUCGACCCGAAUUUGAUGGCCCCUCACGUGAAUCUCAAUCAACCAAUGCCAAAUCAAGGCCAAUCAGCACAACUCCCACAGAGAAUGCGUCCAGGACCUGGUAGUAGUCCACCACAAAUGAUCCAGGCUGGCAUGGGCUACCAAAUCCAACCACAGAUGUGGCAGCCUGGUUUCGACCCCUCCCUCCAGGACGCGCAAGGACACAGUCCAAGUGACACUCUUAGUAAUGCUUCUGCUCAAGCUGUACCUAUGACUAUGAAUGUUGAAGACUGGUUUCAAUUCUUCGGCAUCAAUGGUGAUCUUAGCGGCAUGAAUGGCGAUGCUUCUCUUUGUUGA